GGAUUUAAUCUUGAAGAAAACGUGUUUUGAUGGUAGUUGUGGUCGUUAGUAGCGUUACCUAUACAUCAGGAUUUAAAUAAGUUUGAAAAGUAUAUCUAGAAAUAAAAAUCUAUUGAUAAAUUAAACCAAUCAUAUAUUGCUAUAGUCUGGAACAGCAGUGAACGUAUUUCUCGUCAAAAAUGGGAAAAAGGAGUAAAAGGCAGAAACAAGUUAAAGCUAGUACAAGAUAUCCUGCAAAGAACACACAAAUGGGCAAAAGAGAAGGUUAUUCAGAUAUUGUCAUGAAAAAUGAAGCAUUUGAAAUGUUCUACAAGGCACAGAAAAUUGUUUCUGAGGAUGAAUGGGAUACUUUUCUCUCAUCACUUAAGGAUACACUUCCAGUAACUUUCAGGAUUACUGGAUUCAAAGCGCAAGCAAAAGCCCUGUUGAAGAUCAUCCAAAGCCAGUAUUUCCAUGAACUACUAGAUGUAGAAGUAGAGGGAGAAAGAGUUGAAUCUCCAUUGAGCCUCUCAUGGUAUCCAGACAAACUAGCAUGGCAGCUUAAAAUUUCUCGUAAGAUUAUUCGGAAAUCAGAAGAGUUUGAACGUUUGCAUAGCUUCCUAAUAUCUGAAACUGAGAGUGGAAAUAUAAGUAGGCAAGAAGCUGUCAGCAUGAUUCCACCUCUUUUAUUAGAUAUCAAACCUCAUCAUAAGAUAUUAGAUAUGUGUGCUGCUCCAGGUUCAAAGACAGCUCAGAUCAUUGAAAUGCUACACAAAGAAGAAACUGGAAUUCCAGGUGGAGUUGUUGUAGCUAAUGACAUGGACAACAAACGUUGCUACAUGUUAGUUCACCAAGCCAAGCGCCUCCACAGUCCAUGCUGUAUAGUAACCAAUCAUGAUGCUUCACAGAUGCCAAACUUGAGAGUAAAAACACCAACAGGCAAAACAGAAGUUUUGAAAUACAACAGAAUUCUCUGUGAUGUACCUUGUAGUGGUGAUGGAACAUUAAGAAAAAACAUUGACAUUUGGAGAAAAUGGAACGUUGCUCACGGGAACAACUUAAAUGGACUCCAACUAAGAAUAGCUAAACGAGGUUUGGAACUUCUUCAAAUUGGAGGGCUAAUGGUCUAUUCCACAUGCUCACUAAACCCAAUUGAAAACGAGGCUGUCAUUGCUGCCCUUUUAUUACAGUGUGAAGGAAGUGUAGAGUUACUAGAUGUAACAGAAAAGCUACCAGGACUAAAGACAAGUCCUGGACUAAACCACUGGAAUGUUAUGACAAGAGAAUUAGAAGUUUUCGAAAAUUAUGAAAAUGUGCCAGAGCGAUCUCGUACACAGAUUAGACCACACAUGUUUCCACCCUCUCCUGAACUUCUGGAAAAACUACAUUUACAUAGAUGCAUUCGUAUUUUCCCCCACCAUCAAGACACUGGAGCCUUUUUUGUAGCUGUUCUUCAGAAGAAAGUAGAAAGAUUACCAUGGGAACCAAAGAUAGUAGAAAAAGACCAUUCUGAAAUGUGUUCAGAAGGUAAUGAUGCUGAUACAAGUGAACCAAAAAUGAUGCCACCUCGUAAGAAAAAAAGAGUGUGGGGUUACAAAGAAGAUCCCUUUCUAUUCUUUAGAGGUGAUGAGAAUGCUUGGAAUGAAGUGAAGGAUUUCUACAACCUCAAACCAACAUUUCCCUACGCACAGCUUCUCAGCAGAUGCCAGUUAGGCAAGAUGAGAAACAUUUACUUUGUCUCAGAAGCUGCCAAACAGAUAGUAGAAAACAACUCUGGUCAUGUAAAGAUUGUCAAUACAGGAGUCAAAGUGUUUAGUAGAAUUGACAACAAGGAUACAAAAUGUGGUUUUCGUCUUUGCCAAGAAGGGAUUCCUACAAUAAUGCCAUUUGUUCAGAGCCGAUGUUUACGUGUGUGUCUGGAAGAUUUAAAGGUGUUGCUGACUGAGGAGUAUCCACUUUGUUUUCAGUUUUCAGAGGAAACGCAGAAAACAGUUCAAGACAUUGAUGUUGGAUGUGUGGCUCUCAUCCAUACUGCAAAUAAAGGGACAGAGGAAGAGUUCUCUAUUGAGCUGUGUGGGUGGAGAGGAAAGACUUCAUUACGUUGCUAUGUUUCUAGAAAUGAAAGGAUCCAUUAUUUAAGAAUAUGUGGAAUUGAUAUAUCAAGCUAUGAAAAGAGAGAAAAGAAAUUCAAAGCGAAACCUACAGAUAAAACUGACAACAGUAGUAAUGAAAGAGCAUCUACUGAUGGUCUGGAUGUGGUAUGUGGGUCUGAGAAAGAAGAUCUCCAUACAAAACCUACAGAAGUAGAUCUUGAAAAGGAGUCAGAUGAUGAACAACUUGAUGAUGAGGAGUGUAUGGCAUGAAUCAAAUCAUAAAACUGACAAGUGAUAAUAAACUGUUAUGUUAUCAUGUGUGUAUAUAAAUAUAUAUAUUUGAUUUCUUACUUUUUCCAAUUCUGAAAUUAAAAUGUGGGACAUUUUUGUGGAUGCUUCUUUUCCAUGUGGAAAAAAAUUGUU